GCAAGUGAAGGAAGCUCGGCUGAUUCUCGGCUCACGCCGGCUGGAAGAAAAAAAAGGAGGGCUUUAGGGGCUGGAGAUCGGUGGGCACCGCUGGCUGUGGCUCCCUAAGGCUGGACUGGACAAGCCGUCGCAGGCAGAGGGAAGACGAAUUGGUUGCAAACAAGACCAUCAUUUGAACCAUCAUGGAGCAAGCAGCUGGUGAUCCAAAGGGAGACCAGGUCGCACAUCCACGUUUUACAGAGGAUAUUCCCAAGGCUAAGAAGUGCACGGUGAUUGGAGGCUCCGGGUUCCUGGGGCAGCACAUGGUGGAGCAGUUGCUGGCACGAGGCUAUACCGUCAAUGUCUUUGAUAUUCGCCAAGGGUUUGAUAACCCCCGGGUGCAGUUCUUUGUGGGUGACCUCUGCAGCCAACAGGACCUGUACCCAGCUCUGAAAGGCGUAAGCACAGUUUUCCACUGUGCAUCACCCCCGCCAUCCAGUAACAACAAGGAGCUCUUUUAUAGAGUGAAUUUCAUUGGCACCAAAAAUGUCAUUGAGACCUGCAAAGAAGCUGGGGUUCAGAAGCUCAUUUUAACCAGUAGUGCCAGUGUCAUCUUUGAGGGCAUCGACAUCAAAAAUGGAACCGAAGACCUGCCGUAUGCCAUGAAACCCAUUGACUACUACACAGAGACCAAGAUCUUGCAGGAGAGAGUAGUACUGGAUGCCAACGACCCUGAGAAAAAUUUCUUAACCACCGCUAUCCGUCCCCAUGGCAUUUUUGGCCCAAGAGACCCCCAGUUGGUCCCCAUCCUCAUUGAGGCAGCUAAGAAGGGCAAGAUGAAGUUCAUGAUUGGAAAUGGGGAGAAUCUGGUGGACUUCACCUUCGUGGAGAAUGUGGUGCACGGACACAUCCUGGCUGCCGAACACCUCUCCCAGGAUGCGACCCUAGGUGGGAAGGCAUUUCACAUCACCAACGAUGAGCCGAUCCCCUUCUGGGCAUUCCUGUCCCGCAUCCUGACGGGCCUCAAUUAUGACGCCCCCAAGUACCACAUCCCCUACUGGGUGGCCUACUACCUGGCUCUCCUGCUGUCCUUGCUUGUGAUGGUGAUCAGUCCUGUCAUCCACAUUCAGCCCACCUUCACACCCAUGCGGGUCGCACUGGCUGGCACAUUCCACUACUACAGCUGUGAGAGAGCCAAAAAGGCCAUGGGGUACCGGCCGCUGGUCACCAUGGAUGAUGCCGUGGAAAGGACUGUGCAGAGUUUUCACCACCUGCGGAAGGUCAAGUGAGGCACCCUGCCGAUGAGUGCCUGCACCUCCGUCCUCCGCGUGCUGCUGAGUGAAUAGCCUGCAAGUGAGUUUCUUCUGAGCUGUGACUCGUGCUUGUUGGAUGAAAGCAUACUGGGGGCUCCUUCUAUGACGGCGAAAGUGACAAGAACAGCAUACAUUUCUCUUAUCAGACCGUUGCAUUUCUUAAAGCAAGCAGAUUCAUAUUCUUCUGUUGUGAUCUCAGAAAAGGUACCUCUUUCCCCCUCUCUCUCCUUCAUUAUCACAAAGACUACCCAGAAAUCACCCAAAUCAUUUCAGUGUCGGGAAGCUGUAGGAACGAAGCAACCCAUUGUCUCAUGGCUUUCAUUUCCUUGCUGACCAAUAGUACAGUGAAAGCCCCAAGACUGCUCAAGAAGCCGCAGACACACAGUGAGACUUCAAGUGUGCAUUGCAUAUUAGCACGGUUUUGUAUAGAACAGAAGUGUGAAUAACCCCUCAGUUCCUACUGCUUCCUGACCUCUGUGCAUGCUUCCAAGUCUGUCCGGGCUUCUGCAGUGCCUGCUGGCAUUGCCUUUUCCAUAAAACGUUCCCUUUUACCAGCAGAGUCUGAUGGUGGUUGUUGCUGCCCAGUUGUGUGCCGUUCGCUGUUCCGCUCCGCCUUGAGCAGCUGCCUUCUUCUCUGUGGCGGUUGGGUAGAAAUUUGAUGGGGUGAUGCGGCUCACCUCAUAGAAGCCUUCCGGCCAACUUGCUAAGAGCACAGCACAGAUAGCAGUCCAGCCUUUUUGGUUUUAUGGGGACAUUCUCUCCCCAAACCUGGACUCUUCUCAGACUAAUUGAAAUGUAAUCCUAAAGAAUUCCAUUCUCUUCUUUGUCCAUGGGCAGGAAUGGAGAAAAAUAAACUGAAGAUGUACAAGCCAA